AUGCAGCUCAAGACUCUUGUCGCAACCGCGCUUCUGCCCUUGUUGGCCGUCGCCGACGAUACUUCCACCUUGACAUCGACCAUGACCAUGACCAAGUAUGUCACCAUCGCUAGGGUCGCCACCUCGAGCGUCUAUGCGAACGCGACUACUUCCUCCUUCCACAACCCCAUCGGUACCGGCUAUUCUACCAUUCUCCCCACCACCACGAGUGCCCACCAAGGCUCUGUGUCUCCUACUAGCUCCUCGCCUACCUCUACACCGACCUCCGACACCAACAACAGCGGCGCUGGUUCUUUGAGCGCCUUCGGCUUUGCCGGUGUGGUUGGUAUGGUCGUGGCGGCCUUGAUGUAA